AUGUGGCCAGUACGACUAUUACCAUAUUCUAGGACUCCUUUGACGCUUGCACCCCGGAUACUGAACCAGGUCCCCGUUAGAGCUGCCUUGGGAGUACGCUGGCAAUCAUCAUCACCAUCAUCGAUAUUGGAUACUCCGAUCAGACCAGCAAAGAUUAUUAAUGAAGUACCGGAUCUGCAUUUUAGCAUCACCAACAGAGCUUCCAAGAGACUGGCUGAGAUAUACAAGGCUUCAAAAGAGAUUCUUAGGGUGACGGUUGAAUCUGGUGGAUGUCACGGAUUUCAGUACAAUUUGAAGCUGGUACCGGAAUCUGACAAGAAAAUCGGUAACCAGGAACAAGAAACCGAUGACCUGAAUGACGAAGAUGAUUUUGAGACUGUUAAGGAUAUCGUUUAUGUAUUACCUGAUUCCAUCGGCGAAGUUGUUAUUGAUGAGCAGUCCCUAAAGAUUUUGAACGAUACCACUCUCACAUAUAGUACCGAAUUAAUCGGUUCCACUUUCAAGAUUACUGGAGGAAGUAUGACCAGUAGUUGUGGAUGCGGUAGCAGUUUCGGUUUAGACCAGGAAACAUGA